CUUCUUCUUUUUCUCAAAGAUUGUCCCAUUGAUUUUGAGAGGGAAAACUACACCAUCAUAACAAGCCAAUGCAAAGGACCUCACUACAAUUCAUCAAUAUGUUGCAAUGCAUUCAAACAAUUAGCAUGCAAACAUACACAAGAAAUAAAUGAUGUGCAAAAUGGAUGUGCUACAACUAUGUUUAAUUACAUUAAUCUAUAUGGCAAAUAUCCACCUGGCCUAUUUGCAAAUAUGUGCAAAGAGGACAAAGAAGGCCUAAAUUGCAAAGAUGUUAUUCAGCCAGAAGGCAAAAAUGAUGAACAAAAGAGUAAUUCUUCAAAAGGUACUAAAUGUUCAACAAUUCUAAUGAUGACUCCUGAGAUCACAUAUGCAAAUAGACGUUAG